AUGGAAACCCUUCUACCGGCGUUCUCCAAGUUCGAUCCACACACGGACACGUCGUCACUCGCACAGCGUUGGACUAAAUGGGACGCCCGUUUCGAAAACUUCCUUUUGGCCGCCAACGUCACAGAUCCCACUAGAAAGCGUACUAUGCUGCUUCAUUACGCCGGAGAGGAGGUGUACGACAUUUUUCAAACCCUCCCGGAUACGCAAUCGGACUACGACACAGCUGUCGCCCGUUUGAAAGCGCACUCCGCCCCUAAGAAGAAUACCGUGUACGAGAAACACGUAUUUCCCCAAGCAAAGCAAGAUACUGGAGAAACGUUGGACCAGUUUCAAGUCCGACUGAGAAGGCUUGCAGCAACAUGCGAAUUCGCGAAUAUUGACAAAGAGUUGACAAACUACUGGGAAUUGGCCGUAAGCCUUGAGAUUGCAGAACUACAGGCUUCCAACAUAGAAGGUCCUUCACAACAUCAGACAGUUCAAAAAGUGGCAGCGAAGAAGCCCUGGCGAGGAGGCGCCACUCGCAAGGAGAAUCGCUCCAACCACAGAAGCUCACAAAAAUGCUUCGGAUGCGGGGGAAACUGGCCUCACAAGAAUGGAAAAGCGAGCUGCCCAGCGUGGGGAGCCACAUGUCAUAAGUGCCAAAAGAAGAACCACUUCGCCAACUGGUGCAAGAGCACUCCGAGGAACAAAGAAGCGGUUCGGUCUCUGGUUUCGUCAGCUGCCAUUUCGGCAAGAGAGACUCAGCACAACUGCAGUUCAGACGAGUCUGUGUUCCACAUACGCAACCCAGCAACCAAGCUCCCGAUAGUUACAGUAAGCAUAAAUCAAACGCCGCUGGAGUUCUUUCUGGAUACUGGGGCUGGCGUCAACGUGGUCGGAGAGCGGACCUGGAAAAAGCACCUUCGGGCACCCCUGAAGGCAACGACGACACGACUGGUACCUUAUGGGGUUACUCAAGAAAUCCCUGUUAUGGGAGCAUUCACGGCUUUGUUCAGCUUCAAAGACAGCAACGUGGAGGCACCGGUAUACGUCGUGAGGGGACCACAGGCAUCACUGUUGAGCUACAGGACUGAAAUGGAGCUGAGACUCAUCAAUAUUGUGCAGACGAUAGCCCAGGAGACAUCUGUAAGCAUACGAAAGGAAUUUCCAAAGUUGUUUGGAGGUCUCGGUCGACUCAAACUCGGUCGACUUGAGACAAAUUGA